GAGUUUCCAACAAAGGGUGGGCGAGGGAGAUGCUUGGUGAGAUGAAUCCUGGGGAGUGACGGACACGGAAACUUUCCCGAGAGCAGAUACACAGUGCAGGGCAUUCUUCUUUCCAAAAACAUAACCUUGUGCAAUGGCAUCAGUGUGGGAUGAUUUGGAUGCGUAUCUUGGCCCUACAGAUCUACUGAAAAAGGCUGGCCAGAGAGGAACAAUUAAAGCAUAUUCCAACUUCAAUGCAGCAGCAGACGUCAAAGCUCUUCGGAGUGCGAUUGAAGGCAUCGGGACCACUGAAUCUGUUGUGAUUGAUACUAUAACGCAGAGAAGUAAUGCUCAACGUCAGAUUAUCUGUAAAGAAUACAAAGGAGCCACUGGAAGGAACCUAAUAGAUGACCUAAAAGGAGACCUCGGUGGUGACUUUGAAAAUGUUAUGGUUGGGUUGAUGAUGCAUCCUGCAGCCUUUGAUGCCAAAGAAAUAAAAGGAGCACUCAAAGGGCCUGGAACCACAGAAAGUACAUUAAUAGAAAUCCUUGCCUCCAGAACCAACCUGCAGAUAAAGGAGCUAGCUGCAGCAUACCAGGCGGAAAACCAGAGAAGCCUGACUGAUGACCUCACUUCUGAUAUAUCUGGGGACUUCGGGAAAGCAAUGCUCAUUUUGUUGCAGGGCAAACGGGAUGAAAGCAUCAAUUUCAAUCAAGAGCAGGCUAAAAUAGAUGCAAAGGCCCUUUAUGAUGCUGGGGAGAAGAAAUGGGGGACAGAUGAAAGCAAAUUUAUUGAUAUCCUGUGCAAAAAGAGCAUCCCACAACUAAGAAAAACAUUCGAGGAGUACAAAACUGUGAGCAAGACGAAUAUCGUGGAGAGUAUAAAAGGAGAAAUAUCUGGCAACCUAGAGGACCUGCUGGUGGCAGUUGUGAAAUGUGUGGUGAAUACUCCGGCCUACUUUGCUGAGAGACUUUACAAGAGUAUGAAGGGUGGAGGCACAGAUGAGGCCACUCUUAGCAGAAUAAUGAUUUCCAGGUCUGAAAUUGACUUGCUGGACAUUCGUGCUGAAUACAAAAAACUGUUUGGCUAUUCCCUGCACUCCAACAUCAAGUCUGAAGUUUCUGGAGACUAUUGUACCAGUCUGCUGAAGAUCUGCGGAGGUGAUGACUAAAUUUCUAAGAAUAAAUCGAUUGCUUUUUCCCUUAUAAUAUGUUGCUGUUAUUGCAUUCAAUAUUGGGAUGUGUUGCACCUGAACACCUCUGUCCUAAUUCUUUUCUCAGUUUGUUUUGCAAGUUGAAAAAAAUACCCCAGCUUGUAUUUUGUGACAACAGAAGCAACAAUAUCUACUGUAUGUUAGUAACUCAUUAAAAUGUAACGGAUAAGCAUGGAA